ACGCGUUCGCUUGGCCAGCGCGCUCGUAACUCCGCUUCUGCCCCCCAACCGCCUCCCGCUCUCUCUAGCCUUUACCGCCCGCUCUCCGCUCGCCUUUCGGUGUGUGCGUGCGCCCAUACCUAUAACGUGUGUGUGUGUUAACAAAAUGUGAUUAGCAAAAAUACAAAGAAAUCAGGCAUAGUGGAACAAGGCAUUGUGGCUGAAACAACAGUCAACGGCGCAGCGCACAUAAAUAUAAAAAACAAAAAAAUUAAUAUACACAACAAAGUAUAAAAAACAAACCUUUAAACAUAUACACGAAAUGCGAAAAUCUGCAUAAAAAGCAAUGCGCUGGCGCGGCAACAAAGCGCGGCCGUAAAAAAUAAAUAAACGCCAACGACAAUUCUGAAUUUUGUGCUUUAUCGGCAACGGCAGCAACAAUUAAAUUAAUAUUGAACUACACUACACCCAAAGUUAACAAAAGUAGCAGCCAUAAAAAAACAAAAGCAAAAACUACGGUUGCGGCUGACUUGGCCAAAACAACAACAGCAACAAAAGCGGCAACAGCAACAACUAUCAGCGUUGUCUACCUUUUUUUUUGUACCCUUUCCAAGUGUUUUUUGUUGCUGCUGCAAGAGAGAUAUACUGAGAGAGCAGGAACCGCAGACAAAGAGAGUGCCAGAGAUCGGGGCUUAACUCCGACUUCGACCAGUUCCAGUUCCAGUUGUUGGUAGUGAUACUGAUAUGACCAGCUGUCCGCCAGCAGCCACAGAUGCAAUCCGUUGCUACAGAUGAGGAAAUUUGAACAACCUUAAUAGGGAGAAUUCUCCAGAAUGCACGAACUCUUCAACAAAGUGCUCGCCAAGCGCGAUCUCUCCCGAGCCGGAGAUCUCUUCUCUGUGCCGGAUGCGGAUAUUGUAGAUGACAUCACGGAGGUGCUCUCCGAGAUCAGUCCUAUCAUCUCGCAUGCGGAUUAUGUGAAGAACAAUAAUGACCAGAGUGUGGUAGAGAUCUGUGUGACGAGGGUGCUCUCAUGCAUUCGGGAAACGAAGACUGCGGAGCGGUAUUGUGCUGCUCUGGUGGAUCUUCUUAAGACCUGCCUGCUGUGGAACCUACAACCCUCUGGAACCACAAAAGAAGAGCCACCCCAUGCCAAGAUCGCAGCCGAUAUCAUCUCUAGCAUUUUCCUGAACUACGAUAAGAAAGAACUGAUGAAAAUAGCCCUUCCCGUCGCUGUGCAGUUCCUGCCAAAAGGAAACCGUGAGCUAUCGAGAAACCUAGCCAGCUACUUGUCCCUGGCGGCCAUCGAUCACGCCUGCCUGCUGAGUCCUCACACGGAGUCCGUGAUGGAAUCCAUCUUGUCAGGGAACUAUGGGCUGCUCCGAGUGCUCUCGCAGGUGUACGAGGUGGCUCCCGAGGCGGUGACACCACAUGCUCCUCUUUUGAUGCCCCUGCUGCCGCAGUGUGAUCCCCAGGAGCGGAUGGCAGUGUUCCAGCUGUAUCUACUGAUCGUGCAGAAGUCACCCGAGGUCCUUGAAUCGUGCGUUUCGCAGCUAUGUGGCUUCCUGCUCGACAGUGACACCUCCAGCAUCACCAUGCAGAUACUGCUGAAGCUGUCCCAGCACUCGCCGAACCUGCUCAUCGAUCACUUUGAGCAACUGCGACUGGCGGCCAAGACAAAUCCAGGAACUAUUCCGCUGUGCGCUCAGAUCAUGACUACCGCGGGAAUCGGAAGCAAGGAGACGGCCCAGCAGGCUUUGGACUUUGUCCUGGAGCACCUGCCCACCCAGGCACUCCUGCAGCAGGAGGCCACUCGUCUCUGCUCCGCCUAUCCCGUUUUAUUCACCGACAAGGUCCUGGCCUGCGUCCGCCAGAAAAAUGCAGCGCUCAGUUCGCAACAGGAUGUGGGCAAUGCUUUGGGCAACAAGACCUCCGGCGGCGUCACUAUCGUCAGCUUGAACAGCUCCAGUCCCAGUCCGCCUCCAAAGCCAGUACCCAUUGCCGCACCGUCCAUCAACACCACGAUCAUCCAGCCGGCCAGUGGAGCCAGUGCCAUGCCCGCAGCACCUCCUGCCACCGCGUCCUCCUCAGCACCCAUUGCCACGUCCACGCCCGUAUCCGCUGCCACGCCCACACCUCAGCAUGCGGGCUAUACGCGGCGGGUGAAACUGGGAGACUCCAGGAGCACGGGUCGCCUGCAUCCCGCCAGCAACACGCACCGGAGUGUGACCCGGUUGAAUGUGGCCAGCGGAUCCGUUGGAGGACUUCACAAGAGCAUGACGCGGCUGAGUAACUCGCAGAUUAACCAACAGCCUGGAGGCAGCUCCAACGGGAAUGUGGUGGUCCAGUCGGGAGCCACUCCGAAGACGCCAAGUGCCUUCAGCAAUCCGCCCGUGACACCAGUUCCGCCCCUGAGUAACAACGUGGUCAUCACUGGACACAACCGACAUGGAAUACCUGUGACCUCCGGAGGAGUGACUGUGACCACGUCGCCCUCGAAGGUGCGACCCCACUCCCAAGGACCCUCGACGCUGCUCAACUCGAGUACGGUGCUGAUGAAAUACAGCACGGAUGCACUGAAUCAGUCGGUGGGCUCGAUCUCCAUACCACAAACUUCAACGGCGGCCACUUUGCCGCCAGUACAGACACAGAAUGCGGUAUCCGUGCACCAUGCCUCUCCAGCAUUGCCCCAAUCCUCCAGCAACGGCAACGCCAAGUCGGUGAUGAAACUGCCAGUCAAUGGGAAUAGCGAAGUGAUUGUCUCGGGACCCACCACCAAUGUGGCACCUCGGCGCAGCGAUAAUACCAGUCGAACCUUGCUGAAUGCCAAUAGUGUGAUGGACCAGCGGAUGAGCACCUUCGAGCCAUACCAGAUAAUGCGUGAUCCUGUCCAGCAAUUCUGCGAGAAGAACUUCAACUCGAUUAAGUCCUAUAUGGAUGAGGUUUCGCAGCAUUUGCCACCGCCCACGCGCUGCAGCAUCGAGGUUUCCAAUGAAUUCGCAGAACGUCGGACCAAAAAGGUGGCCAAACUGCACUUCGCCUGCCAGAUUCGUGGACCCCAUUGCCUGUACUCCAAGACCUGCUUCACGAUGCGAACGCGGAACCCCAAGACCUGGAUACAUAUGAUGUUUCUGGACUUCCAAGUGCGGCAUUUCGUCAAGGAAAAGUGCGUGCUGAGCACACGAGAGUCUGGCAUUAGCAAUCUCAAGAAUAUCUGGCAGAUACUCAAGUGCGAGAAUCGCAGCUUCACCGAACUGGUCACCAGCCAGUUUCCACAGGUCAAGGACCGUGAGAUUCUGGUGAACGAGCUGCGUCACUCGGGCUUUCUGGACGUAUUCGAGGUCUCCAAGACUGACAAGUCCAAUCCGAACUGCAACGAGUUGGAGUACCAGUGGGGCUGCUUCCUGUGCAAUCAUCCGGAUAAGGCAGUGGGAUUCUUGAAUGGCAGCAAUCAGCCCAUGAUCGAGGGUCAGCUAAAGGAGAAAAAGGGCAAGUGGCGACUUUUCAGGCGAUGGCGCACGCGCUACUUUACUUUAUCCGGAGCACAUUUGUCCUGCAAGGGAUCUAGCGGUGGAGAGAGCAUCGAUGUGAACCAGAUACGAUCGGUGAAGGUGUCUCGCGGUGCACGCAACAUACCCAAGGCCUUCGAGAUCUUCACCGCCGACCAGACAUUAAUACUCAAGCCCAAGGACGGCAAGAAUGCCGAGGAGUGGGUGCAGUGCCUCAGCAUCGUGGUGGCCCACUCGCAGGCCCGCGACAAUCCCACGGCCAAGACGAAUAGCUUGCCGGCCCGCAGCAUGGGGAGCAGCAAGCCCUCCUUUUAGGAUGGCAUCCGUAUCCCCAUCCAUAUCCAUCCCAACCCCAUUGUGAGAUUAUUUGUAAAUGUAAAGACAGAGCAACGGCAACACACAAAAGACAAACAGACAAAGGAGCGGCAAGCACAGGACUCUGCUGUCUAUUAUAUAUAUACACACCAUAUAUAAUAUAUAUCAUUCUAUAUAUAUCGAUAUAUACCUUAGGCCUACGCCCAUAGACUUAUCUAGCGUGUACUUACCAUUUCAAGGGAUUUCAAAAAUUUUGCGAAAUUGUUUUUAUCAUUUAUAGUUGAUUUUUAUACAUAUGUAUUUAGUUUAUGCUUAUUUAUUGUACGUGUAUUAAACAAACAGCUUGCUUUCGAAA